GGGUUAGCGUGAGGGAAAGCAUGAGUAUUCUACAAGCAGAGUAUUGCUCCGCGCUGAGGGCCGCCCGGACCACCACCAUCUUGGCCAAGGCUGUGAGAGAGGGAGGGAAGCCUGCACUCGCUCUUGCUCCCACACACAGUUAUGGCGCUAAAAAGAAUUAACAAGGAGCUGCAGGACCUUGGGCGAGACCCACCAGCACAGUGCUCAGCUGGACCUGUAGGAGAUGACCUCUUCCAUUGGCAAGCCACCAUUAUGGGCCCACCAGAGAGUCCAUUCCAAGGAGGAGUUUUUUUCCUCACUAUUCAUUUUCCUACUGAUUACCCAUUCAAACCACCAAAAGUUGCGUUCACAACUCGUAUCUACCAUCCAAAUAUUAACAGCAAUGGUUCCAUAUGUUUGGAUAUUCUCAGGAGCCAAUGGAGUCCUGCCUUAACUAUUUCUAAAGUGCUCCUGUCUAUCUGUUCCCUCCUCACGGACCCCAAUCCCGAGGAUCCCUUGGUGCCAGAGAUAGCUCGAGUCUACAAGACUGAUAGGGAAAAGUACAAUGAACUUGCAAGAGAAUGGACCCGGAAGUAUGCCAUGUGAUCCCCUGGUGGCGUAAUAGUGGCAGAGUGCGCCUGUGCCCAUCCCCCGCCGCUGCCAUGACCACCACCACCACCACCACUAAAACCCUGACUGCUGCUGUUGCUGCUGCCAUCUCUGCUAGACCUCCUCUCUUCAUUCUAAUGCUUUUUUCCCCUCUUGUUUUAUUUUCAUUUUCUUUUUUAAUUUUUUUGGUGUGUAGACCACAUUAAUGUCACUGGUGGUUGACCAUUAAUGCACCGUCACCACCCACCUCAACCUCCGGCCAGCAGCCUCAACCCUUUGGCGCAGAAUAAGUUAAGGACUCGUCAGGGCUGGACUCCUCCUCAACCCUCAAGUCAAGUGCCACUGCCACCAGCGGCUCCGGUUUAUACCUAGAUGUAAAGUGUACACAAAAGUGUCACCUCAUCCUAUGAUUGAUGAUCACGCUUGCAUUCAUUAUUAUAAUUCUUGAAUUACUUUGCUAGUGUGUGGCCAGUUGAUGCAAAUGGGGGGGGAUUCGCAAACAAAGCCAGGGACUGGAGUCCUCAGUAAGUUACUAUUGUGAUUUUCCUCUUUAGUUCACUAAAAGUAACUAUGCUCUUCAUUUGUAUCCCGAGCCAGCCAGCUUUGUUCUCAGUGAUUAUGGAAACCUCAAACUAUCUUCAGGUGUUGAGGAGUCAAGUGCGUCUUCUUAGAUUUGUGUAACGUUUGAGUCUCUUCUCACCUUACCACAUCUUGCCCACCACGUUCCAGCCUGUGUUAUUCCCCAUCACAGCAUUAAAUGGGAAGUAAGCAACCAUAACACAUCACCUCAGAUAUCAUCAUAACUAGGCUAUUGUUUAUUAUUCUCUUAUAAUGUCUUAUUACAUGUCCCUAGCCAUUGUAUGGUCUAAAAUGAAUUUUAAUUUGGAACAUUUCAUUUUAUAUAUAUAUAUAUAUAUAUAUAUAUAUAUAUAUAUAUAUAUAUAUAUAUAUAUAUAUAUAUAUAUAUAUAUAUAUAGAUAUAUAAAACACACACACACACACACAUACACACAUACGGCCAUUUUCAUUGUUAUCUUGAGUGAGCAUUAAAAAGUAUCCUCUUCAAUUGGACUCUGGAAAAAAGACAGUUUAGGAAUUUGUGCAUGGCCAAACUAAACUCAACUAUUCCCAAAUGACCCUUUGGCUAUCCCUUGACUCCCUAGUCGUCAGCCGCCUGGAGUUGCACUGCCCAUGGUGGUGGCACUCCCUAGCAGUGCCAGGCCUGAACUCUUUGGGGUUGCAAAUUGGCCUUGCUAGUAGGUUACUAUCAUGGGAGAGCCAGAGGAUCCUGGGGAUGAUUCAUCAUUACCUGCCUCUAGGCAUUGAUCAUAUUUUGAUUAAAAAGUUUUCCAGAAAUAUGCUUGGAAAGCAGAAAUCUGAAAUGCAAGGCUGUUUGGUUCUUCAGUACAGUAUUCCAAAAUGAAAUUUUUUCAAUACAAUUUUGUCAAUAAAGGUGUACAGAUUAA